UAUAAUUAUAAGUUGGUUGGACUCACCCUUAAUAUUGCAUUAUAUUAAAUAUUCUCUCCCAUAUUUUCUCUCAUAGUUAGUUUUGCCCCAAACUUCCUGGGUGAUCUAGAUUUCUCCCACAACAUAAUUAUGGCUCCAGAGAUGGAGAAAACUUCUUUCUCAGUAAAACAAGCUGGGAAAUCUUUUGGAGACGGCAACCCAAAUAUCGAAAACCCAGUAGUACAUGGCGAUCAAAGAAAAACAAGUAUGUUCAUUAUAGCCCAAGUGGGUCUAAGAAUGUUGGCCAUUUUGUUCACUUUGACAGCUAUAACUCUGAUAGUCACAGACAAGCAAUCCGUCACCGUUUUUGGCUUCCAGUUCAAAGCACGCUAUUCUUACUCUUCUGCCUUUAGGUUCUUGGUGGGAGCAGACAGCGUCGUUUGCUCUUGCUCGGCACUGUCGUUGGCGUUUCUGUACCUCUUGAGGCUUUCAGAGAGUAUUACAGACUCACAGGCGCAGCUCAGGAAGUAUUUCUUUCUGUUCCUUCAUGACACGGUGAUGUUGGUAUUGGGGGUGUCUGGGUGUGCAGCAGCAACAGCAAUAGGAUAUGUGGGGAGGCAUGGAGAGGAUCACAUGUCAUGGCAAAAGGUGUGUGAUCAAGUCCCCAAGUUCUGCAACAAAAUGCUCAUUGGCUCUAUCCUCUCUUACUUGGCUUUCUUUGCCUACUUCGCUCUUACUAUCAUCUCUGCUCACACUCUCAUGAUGAUCUCUCAUCCUUCCAAAUAAUACCCAAGUUAAGGAGUACGUUGUGUGAGAAAACUGUCCAAUAUAAAACUUGCCUUUUUUUUUUUUUUUUUUUCUUGUUUCUUUUGUUAAUUUUCUCUGCUAUAUUAGGCCUACAUUGUGCAAAAACUUGUACUGGGGUACCACUCUUUCAAUCCAAUGUUUAAAUAUUAAUCGUA